UGUUACUCUUCAUCUCACUUCUCGAGUGUUCGUUCGUCUCACAAAGGAUACCACCUACUGAACGGGCAAUGAAGGUUUCCCGCCAGCUCUCCACUAACCACAAUGGUUCCCUCCUUCCCGUGCGAGUGGUGUAGUUCUAACAUCUUCUUGAAGGGGUAGCUGCAGAUGACGUCACUGUUCAGAACAAAGAAAGGCUCAGCAUCCUUUUCCAGUAUCUCUCUUGCCAGACCCAGUGGCCCAGCUGUAAGAGACAAACAGUUGAAAACAGAGUGGAGUAAACAGGCAGAUGACUGCAUGUUUUUUCCACAUGGUCUAUAAACCAUCAGUGAACUGUUUUUCUAGCUAUGCAUAGAGUUGAUGUGCAGGCAUGCA